AUGUAUUACAACUUUGUAAUUUAUAUUAAUUUCUUAUUGUUUUGGAUCCAUUCAUCAAUUCAAGAUGAUAAAUUAGAACAGAGAAAAGCUAAUGUAGAAACGGAAAUCAUAUAUAGUAAACGACAUUUUGAUGAACUGAUCGAAAAUUUUAGAACAAACGAGAAACAAUUACAAGAUCUGAAAAAUGAAAUCAAUACGGAUUUAUCAAAAGAACAUCAAACAAUCGAUCAAUAUAUGAUGUGCAGAAGUAAAAUUUAUCAAACUAUUGAACAAAAGAUUCUUAUGGGAGGAAUAACUAUUCGAAAUUCUCAUAUAAUGAACAAGUGUUUCACUGAAGAACAGUCGGUUUAUGCAAAAUUGGAAAAUGAAUACAGAAAUGAGGCCUGUCAGUUACCCGUUUCUAACAAUAUACGAGACAUCAAAGGGAUCGAACGUUUAAUUUCGAAACGAUUCUUUUAUCUAAAAGGAUUCAAUAAAGAAUUAUUUUUACAUAACAUAUUACAAACUAUUCAUGAACAAAUUGAUAAUGAAUUAAAGAAACAUAAAUUAGAACAGAGAAAAGCUAAUGUACAAAUGGCAAUCAUAAAUAGUAAACAGGACUUAGAUAGACGAAUCGCAAAUAUCAGAACAAACGAGAAACAAUUACAAGAUCUGAAAAAUGAAAUCAAUACGGAUUUAUCAAAAGAACAUCAAACAAUCGAUCAAUAUAUGAUGUGCAGAAGUAAAAUUUAUCAAACUAUUGAACAAAAGAUUCUUAUGGGAGGAAUAACUAUUCGAAGUUCUCAUAUAAUGAAGGAGUGUUUCACUAAAGAACAGUCAGUUUAUGCAGAAUUGGUGGAUGAAUACAGAAAUGAGGCUUGUCACUUUCCCACUUCUAACGAUAUACAAGGUAAUCACCCACUACAAUACAAAUUCCGUAAACUUGAUGGUCUACUACGAGAACAAUAUGGGAAAAUACGUGUAUACAACAUUUAUUUAUUUUCACAUAACAUAUUACAAACUAUUCAUGAACAAAUUGAUAUUCAGUCAAAGCAGCUUAUUAUUCCUUAA